UGACUGACAGAGGAGAUGGAGAGGCGCACGGAGGAGGAGGAAGAGGAAGAGGAGGAGGAGGAGGAGGAGGAGGAGGAGGGAGGUCCAGGAGAAAGUGUGGAUGAUGAAGUUCAGCUGCGGCGCCUGUCCUGCUCGCCGGAGCUCUACGCAGCGGCCAAGUUCAGCCUGGCCGCCUAUGUGCUCUGCUGGACUCUGCUGGCUCUGCUCCAGAGGCUGAGAAGAGGCGCCGCUGGACCGCAGGUGCAGGAAGCUCUUGAGGAAGCACCAAGUGACCCAGGUGGAGCAGACGAGUGCGAGUUAGGCUCAGAGUCAUGUAGGUGGAGAGAACGUGCGUCAGACGGUUCAGACUGGCACCGUGACUCGUGGGACGGAGAAGACGGCUUUUCAGCACUCCUGGGGGCUGAGCAUCUUUACACUGGAUGGCGUUUGGAAAACGGACUGGAAGCAGAGGAACGCAGAACGCAGCAAGGAGAGAACUGCAGAGGGACUCUGAAGGAACCACGAAUCUGCAGCACCCUUAACACAGAGCAACUGAACCAACAACACAGAAACACAGAGAACACAGACAUAGAGGAGCUGUGUGCAGAACACACAGUCAUACACACCACCGAGGACUUGAAUAUACAGCACCUAAAAACUCACAGCGCAAACCGAGAGGGACCCAAUACAGACCGCAUAAACACGCACAACAGAGACAUAGACGAACCGAGCAUCAUACACAACACAGCGGACUUUAAAACACAGGAUGCAAGCACAGAGAACUCAGGCACUUCAGGCGCAGACCACAAAGAAACUCAUAGUAACGAGGGCAUAAGUCCACAAAACGCAGUCAAAAAAGACGAUAGGCCAGAAGAAGCCACAAGUCAAAACGUUGUGAGCUCACCAGUUCCAGACAACACAAGUGCACAUUGUGCAGAAACAGAAUGCAAAGACUUUACAGGUGCACGCACAGCGCAGGAGGAGAGAAAAGGCAACAGUGAUGCGCACAGUGAGAGACAACACUGUAAAACCUGUAAAGAUGUGCAUUACAAUGUCAACACUGGUUUACAGUGGACAGAUGAAUGUAGUUUAGAUGAUAUAUAUGAAUGUAUUAAUAUAAACAGAAAUGAAAGGUUACACAAUGAGGGCCCAUCAGGAAUACAUGAGUCGGGCAACCCAGAGGUAGAAACUGAAGCAACCACCCUGACACGUUGCUCUCAGAACCCAGACAUAUGCUGCAAAGAUACUCAAAGCACAGAGACAGUGGGCAAUAGAAUAGAAACACACUUUAUAAAAGCAUUUAGCGUCACAAAUACAGGUAACACAGGACAGAUUACACACUGCCAGCCAAGCCGUUCCCUCCACUCAGACACACGGAGUACAGAAACACACAAUACAGGUCACAGAGCACAACCUUCUCAGGCUAGCCCAGAUUUGCAUCACAGAAACACAAUCAGCCCAGUCCGAGCGCAAAUCGACGGCAAAACAGAUGAGUACAGUUCACACCGCUACAGUGGUGAGGACAGUCACACCGAGAGGCAUAGCUUACAGGUGACAGGGAGGUGUGGCAAACAUACCUCAGACGAAGCUGACCAUUCGGACGUGAGUGAAACAUGCUCUGUAUGCAGACACAGCCUAGUUAGUCCCGGUACGCAAACUGGUGAGAGCGGAAGGGACCUAAGCACACAAGACACUUUACUUGUUUACAAAACAGAAGCCUCACAGGACAUAACAGGCUCUGCCGAAAGUUCAGACAGGCCGGGCCAGAACGCUGGGACAGCUAAGGUAUACAGCUCAACUAACUGCACUAGGCAACAUGCACAGGCACACCUGCAUGCCUGUAGUCGCAGCACAUGGACUCAAGACACUUUAUCGAGUGUCCAGCCACAGACUAUGCCAGCAUGUUCAGUUGCUGAAAGAGCACCCUCAGAGCAGAUUGUGAAUACUUCAAUUCCUGAGCUGAUCCACCCUGAAAGGACAGAGGAUACAGAAGAGAAGAGGAAGAUAGACUCUUGUGUACCACCCAUUGGAAGAGAUGCUGUUGAUUUUCAGGAGAGGCACCAGCAAUCAGAACACAAGAUCCUGACACCAUCCUGCUCUAGAGACUUUGAGGAUUUUGCCCAAACCUUCCAGCUAAAUUCCCAACACUCAGAACAACAGGUUGAGGUCACCCCAACUGAGAUAAAUGGGUCAGGAUUGUUUCUGGCUAAAGAGUUUGAACUGCCAUUGACUGUGCAGGACAGCGACAGAGGACCCUUGGCUGAGGAGCGGAGACACAGAGAGGAAGAGAAAGCUCUCUCUUCCUGCAGCCUCUCACUACAGCCUGGAUCUCUGGAAAAACCUGCAGAUCCUCUGCCCCUCCUACUUCUCACAAACAGUGACCUCAAGACAAUCAAUUCCCAGAGCCAAGGGCUCUUGCAGUCCUCUAAUCUGACUUUAGAAAAAGACAGAUCAUGUUACUCCAUUUCUGUGGAGGAGAAGGUAGAGGAUAGGAGCCAGGCAUUAGCAAGGUCCAAGGAAAAGGACUCUAAAUAUGCACAGAGAGUAGAAACACAGCUCUUUCCACCUCAAUCAGCCAUACAUUCAGCAGAGUUUUCUGCAGAGAGUUUAACUAGCACAGGCACCCCACAUAGCACUGUUGAAAUAUAUGAUCCUCUAUUUAUUGAACGCACACAUAGUCACAUACAUGAGCAGCCUAUAGAUCCUUUGGAGAAACAGACACUGGUCAUUGAUUUGGAACACAUUGAUUCUCCUCACUCAGAUAUCACAGUGACCCUGUGUCCGGAAACCAGCGCUGCUGAGAUUACUGUAGACCCCCACCAAACUGGCUUGCUAACUCAGGAUUUCCCAGGUCCUGAGUUGGAUCAGCCUUGUCAAAACCUUGCUGUGUCCACUAACACAACUUUGGACUCCACUCCAGAGGUCAAAGAAGCAGCAACUAUCGAGAGGUCUUACUUCUCAGGUUGUGACCGGUGGCUGGAGCCUUUUUCCAAUGGUCCAGAGAGCGACUCUGAAGGCAGUGACCAAACAGACUCUCUCAGUCAAGACAAGCCUGAUCACUCAGUCUCUGGGCAGGGUUUGGCUGUUUCGGAAGGUUCAAAGAAGUCCUCGGAUCUGAUCUUGCAUCUAGAAUACGAGCCAUACUGGAGCAGUGAGGAUUCAGCUGUUUCUGGGCUUGGUGAAGACUUUCACUCUGACUUCUCACAGCCACAGGUGGAGAACCUUCCGCAAAAACACUCCCUUGGUAAGAACACGUGCUUAUAUCUAGAAGGCAGUGUAGAGAAUGCUGACCCAGAUCAUUUAGACUCAAAAGCUUGUGCAGGCACAGAUCUCGUACAGUCGGUUCAUGCUGGAGUGGAUCACUUGACACAUUCUGCGCGCUGCAAAGAUAAUCACCAGAGACAUACGCACACAUCUCUCUGCACAGACUGUGUACAAGAGGCUGAUUUGGACUGCUCUUUGCCAAGCCAGCCGAGGUCUGAGGUUUUUGAAACCCCAGCAAGUUGUCUGGAGACAAAGGGUCAUCUCCAGCCAGACAAAGAGCAAACGGUCUCCCAGUCUCUCCAGGCUUCCUGUUCUGUACUCCAGGAGAACAGAAUAGACUCACACUUUAAAGAAAUAUUUAGCAUCCCAGUCGCAGAAAAGGGUAAAACAGAGCACACUGCAUGUUGCCAGCUGAGCCACAACAGUGUAGACACACAGAAUACAGAAACACACAAUACAGGUCAAAGAUCACAGUCCACUCAGGCUAUAAACCUAGAUAUACACCACAGAAGCACAAUCAGCACUGAUACCGAGAACAACCGUGAUAGGUACAGAGAAGCGGAAGACAACAGAGCAUUCAUACAAUCCACAGUGUGGGCAGCACACAGCCCAGCCCCAGGCCUGCUCCCUUCCCGAAGCCUGGAGCCUAUUCCAGAGACAGAGCGCUGCUUGGAGUACUGCGCUACUCCUGAGGAUGAGGCUUCUCUAAGUGACGAGAAAGCAGAAGCCGAGCAAACGUUGAGCGUAGAGAUGAAGCCUGCUGAGUCCGAUCGGGACGUCCUCGGGGUUACCUCAGGCAUGCUGUCAUCCAGCAUCUCCGAAGGAUGUGAAGGAAAGACGGAGGUCCAGCCGUGUCCUACUCUCUCAGACCAGAACAGAGUCAUGUGCCCACAGCCUGUCGACGUUGUCCCAGCCAAGAGUCCGGCAACAGCCUCUGUGGAGCUGGAUACAAGCAGCAUCAAUAGCGAAGAUCUGGAGGAGCCGCGAUCUCCUCCUGCAGGCAAAUCACACAAAUCCACAAGGACUAAAGCCAAGGCCUCCAAAUUCUCCGUCUUUGCCAAAAUGCCUUCUUUCAGGCGAGGAAAGAGUGCGUCAAGAGAUGGCAAUGGCAGUAAGGGCCACUCGCCUGAGGGAGGGGUGGUGGACCUCCUUGUUUACAGGAGUCACCUGAUCCAAACUCCAGAUUUAGCACAAGACCUAGAGGAUCAAGCUGACAAUUCAGACGAUGAAGUCUUCUACAGGAGUGAUACAGUGAAUCAGACAACGCACCAGGUGUUGUCUGGUAGCCAGGUAGACACAGAAGAAGAAGAGGAGAGGGAUGAUGAUAGUUCACUCCCUCUUAGCUCCACAGCAUGCACAGGCCAAAUUCAGGAUGUAUCCGACCAAAGGACUGUUGAGACCGAGGCAAGUGGAGUCACAGACACUGUCAAGCAAAGCACUGCUAGUGAAUGUUCAAGCUACAGGAGGAGCAAGAGCACAGAGGGCCUAAGCCUUCGCCUGCGUUUCGCCCAGGCGCACAAGUCCCUGUCCAGCCUUUUUGAGUCUCGCUCCUUGGACAAAGACAGUGAGGAGCGGGAAUCACGACCAGAGGCUGAGGAAGUGCGUCCCAAACCCUCAUGGAGGAAGCAGAAACGGGCAAAGGAGACAGAGCUCCUGAGACGCACCAUGUCUGUUCCAGAUGCAGAUGGACCUAAAGUCACUCGGUUGAUCCACACUGAUUACGCAUCCCAGACAACGCAGGAACGGCUUGGCCAACAGGGGGCAGCACAAUGCCACACCGACCCUCUAAGCAAGCGUGCAAUCUCCCAGGACGGUAUUGAAGGUUCCCCACAGGGGUCCAAAUCAGAAGGACGCAGGAGAAAGUGCCCUCCAAACGGUCUGUCAAUCUCUUUCUCAGACUCUGGCCGCUUGUCAUCUGAUGACUCCUCCGAGGCCCCACCGCCAGGUGACUCCAGUCCACUCUCGCCUGUGAGCCCCUUGACUCCCUCCACACUGGCCAGUCAGCUCUCUCCGUCCUGGUACAAAUCAUCGCCAAACACCAGUGACAACGCAGAGUCUCCUAUGAGGCCCAUGAGCCCCAAACCAAACAGUCCCAGGUCCUCAGGGUCAAGGCGAGGGUUCCGUUACCCUUCAUCUCGGGCCAACACCCUCUCUCUGAUUCUCAUGGGACAGGGAGGGAGUGUCUUGGAUCCUCCGGAAAGACCCAGGACCCUUAAACCUAAAGUGGGGCGCCAGGGAUCACUUAGCCCCCUGAGCUCCAGCUGGCCCCUGGAGGACAGCGGUGCAGACAGUCAGUCUCAGGUCAGCCUGGUCACUGCCAGUGAGUUGGAGCUGAAGGCGUCUCCGGUCAGCGUUCGAGGGUCCAGUCAGUCGGGGGCGAGGCAGACCGUGGACAGCUCUCCGAGUCCCGCUGGACCCUUGAGCCCCAGCCCCAGACUCAGACCGGUAUCCACAGGCCGCAGGUUACCACGGAAACGCUGUUGCUUGGACGACCUGUGGAUCGAGGAGGAGAAGAGGCGGGAGAGGAGGCUGGCCAGAGCCGCACUGACCAAACUUCGGGCCCGUCCACCUGAGGACAGAGAGAAAACAGGUGUCCAGCUCUCUCGCUCCACUGUGGAGGUUUUUCCUGGGAUGCCCCUCAGGGCUCUGAGCUUCUCCCACAGCGCCCCCACCGGCCUGGACUGCCUCAGCUGGAGACGACACAUGUCCUACCCCUCGGUGAUCUUGCCCGAUGGGGCUCCAGAGAAGUUGGGUGCGGGUGAUGAAGCAGGCAGUGAGGAGGACCUCUACGAGGACUUACGCUCUUCUGGACACCGCUUCGGUCAUCCAGGAGGAGCAGGGGAGCAGCUGGCCAUAAAUGAGCUGAUCAGUGAUGGCAGUGUGGUGUAUGCCGAGGCGCUGUGGGACCAUGUCACCAUGGACGAUCAGGAGCUGGGCUUCAAAGCAGGCGACGUCAUCGAAGUAGUUGAUGCCACCAACAAGGAGUGGUGGUGGGGCCGCAUCCUGGACAGCGAGGGCUGGUUCCCUGCCAGCUUCGUCAGGUUGCGAGUGAAUCAGGAUGAGCCCAUGGAGGAGUACCUAGCUCAGCUGGAGGAGGCUCAGGAGGAGAACAGUGCCGGGAUGGCACUGCUGUUGGGGCCAGGACUGCCCUGCAAGGAGCAGAUGAGGACCAAUGUCAUCAACGAGAUCAUGAGCACAGAGAGGGAUUACAUCAAACACCUGAAGGACAUCUGCGAGGGUUACAUAAAGCAGUGCCGGAAGCGCAUGGACAUGUUCACAGAGGAACAGCUGUGCACCAUUUUUGGCAACAUUGAGGACAUCUACCGCUUCCAGAAGAAGUUUCUAAAAUGUCUGGAGAAAAAGUUCAACAAGGACGAGCCCCAUCUCAGCGAGAUCGGCUGCUGCUUCCUAGAGCACCAGACAGAUUUCCAGAUCUACUCGGAAUACUGCAAUAACCAUCCGAAUGCCUGCGUCCAGCUUUCCAAACUCAUGAAGCUCAACAAGUACGUCUUCUUCUUCGAGGCGUGCCGCCUGCUCCAGAAGAUGAUCGACAUUUCUCUGGACGGCUUCCUCUUGACCCCUGUCCAGAAAAUCUGCAAGUACCCCCUCCAGCUGGCAGAGUUACUGAAGUACACCAACCCCCAGCACAGGGACUACAAAGAUGUGGAGGCAGCCUUAAAUGGGAUGAAGAACGUGGCCAGACUGAUUAAUGAGAGGAAAAGGCGUCUGGAGAACGUGGAUAAGAUUGCCCAGUGGCAGAGCUCCAUAGAGGACUGGGAGGGAGAGGACAUCCUCAGUAGGAGCUCGGACCUGAUCUACUCAGGAGAACUGACAAAAAUCUCACCGCCUCAAGGGAAGAGUCAGCAGCGCAUGUUCUUCCUCUUCAACCACCAGAUGGUUUACUGUAAAAAGGAUCUGCUGCGGAGGGACAUCCUGUACUACAAGGGCCGGGUAGACAUGGACCAGAUGGAGGUUUUGGAUGUGGAGGACGGGAAGGACAAAGAGCUGAACGUGAGCGUGAAAAACGCACUGAAACUGCGCUCGCCUAGCGGCGACGAGGUGCACCUGCUCUGCGCCAAAAAGCCUGAACAGAAACAGCGCUGGCUCCGAGCCUUCAGAGACGAGAGGGAACAGGUGCAGCACGACCGCGAGACAGGUUUUUCCAUCACUGAGGUGCAGAAGAAACAGGCCAUGCUGAACGCCUGCAAAAGCCAUCCAGCUGGGAAGCCCAAAGCAGUGAACAGGCCCUACUACGACUUCCUGCUGCGUCAGAAACACCCCACACUGCCCACCAGUCUGCCCCAGCAGCAGGUCUUCAUGCUGGCUGAACCCAAACGCAAGAGCUCCAACUUCUGGCACAACAUCGGCAGACUGACCCCUUUCAAGAAGUGAACACCAGAGAGAGAAAUAGAAGCAAAGAGAACUCUCAGCUUGUGCCUGAACUUACUUGCCCUUAUAUCCUCAUUCAGUUAAUAUUGUUAUUAUUAUUAUUAUUAUUAUUAUUAUUAUUAUUAUUAUUACUUGUUUUUUUUAUUUCAGUUGUCAUUGAUGUACUUACACAGAUUUACUGUAAUGAUGAACAUGAUGUUUAUGUUGAAUCUCUUUCUUUUUUGGAGAAAGCACUUUAUAAGGUGGUUACAAUCAGACGGUGACUGGCCCCCCUGGACAGUGUGAAUAUUUUUAGGGGGGGGAGGAUCUUUCCAGAGGACUGUAGCUCCUGUUUCUUUUGAGGACUUUACUGAUACACACUAACAUUACUAGUGUUGUUUUUUUUUUGUUUUUUUUGUUCACGUCAACAAAUGCCAAUUGUACACAGUGACAGACGAGUUUGCUCUCUUAUUUAAGUUUGUUCACUGUCGGUCAAGGAAAAGGUGAAGACGGUCUUGAUGGGUUGCCUCCUGUUUGGGGGACUGAAGAGUUUUUAACCAUUGUACGUCCGCAGUACGUGUUUUUUGGGCAAGACUUCCCAUUGUUUUAAUGAAAAGCCUGAGGAACCCAAAGACGUUGCUUUGAGCUACUUCAACCACAUUUUGUUAAUAUGUACAUAUUCCAUAAGCCUCUUAAAUGGAUCUUAUCUGGUUUCUCGCUGUGUUCCUUUAGCCUUAUCCUGAUGCCCUGUACACAUGAGUAUGGAAUUAACUUCUUUUUGGAAGUGCCA